AAGUUAAAAAUUCUGUUGUUGGGAUUAGUUUGUGGCCGGACAGUGGCCGAGGUCGUCCACCUGUGUCAUUAUCUCUCUCUGGGCUUGUGUAUCAUAGAUUGGCAGAGUCCAACUCCAUGGUGCUUUUCUUCAUCAGUCUGUAGCAAGCUCGCUUCUUACACCAGAUGGAAUUCGAGAGUGACUUGGCACGUUCGUCCGAGUACAAAAGUUUCCGUAGUACAGUGCCUCUCAAGCAAAUAGUAGUUGACAAUGAUGCAUUGAAGGUAUGGAAGCUUUACGAUGCUGGACCAAGGAGUGUCCGAUGCCCUCUUGUGUGUCUUCCCCCAGUUUCUGGAACUGCAGAUUCCUUCUUCAAACAAAUUUUACCUCUCACUGCACGUGGCUAUAGAGUCAUAUCGGUAGAGUAUCCGGUAUACUGGACUGUUCUUGAAUGGUGUGAAGGCUUCAGACGUCUCCUUGAUCUUCUUGAGAUUGAUCGUGCUCACUUGUUAGGGGCCUCACUUGGUGGAUUUUUGGCGCAGAAGUUUGCCGAGACCACCUUCAAUUGUCCUCGUGUCGCUUCACUCAUCCUCUGCAAUUCCUUCAUUGACACCAAGAUAUUUAAUUAUGCAGACUCCUCUUCUGUUUUUUGGAUGCUACCAGCAACACUUUUGAAGAAGAUGAUUAUUGGUCGAUUCCCCAGAAAGCUAAUGGAUUCACACAUUGCAGACUCAAUAGACUUCAUGGUAGAAAGAUUGGACAGUAUAAAUCAGAGCGAGCUGGCAUCAAGACUCACUCUCAACUGUUCUCCGGACUAUGUACAACCUCACAAAAUACAGGUUGAUGUGACAAUCCUGGAUGUUUUUGAUGAAUCGGCCUUAUCUCAGUCUGUAAAAGAGGAGCUGUAUAAAUGCUACCCAACAGCUCGCUUAGCCCACCUCAAGUCAGGCGGAAACUUUCCCUUCCUGUCAAGAGCAGAAGAAGUUAAUAUAUACCUUCAAGUCCACCUUCGAGUUUACGAGGGUAGCCAUCUGAGUGCCUGCGAUUCUGGCACUCCUGUUGACCGAUAGCACUGCCCACAUAUCACAUUGGUUUACACAAAAGGAAGUAUUGCACACACCAGAUGAAGAAUGGCAAAGAACUGUGAAUUACUGUACAGUAUUUGCUCACGUGCAGCAUUGUCUCAGUUGCUGAGACAAUACUAGCUGUUGCAAUACUAGGUUUGUCAAGAUUGCAAGUCAUGAAGUUAAGAAAUGUAGUUUUACUGAUUACAAUGGCUGUAAUGCAAAGAAACUCGGUGAUAUGUUUAUUCUUUGAAUUGAUGCAACUUUUUAGAUUGGUUUAUUAGAAACAGGAUUUAUGUAUGAAUGAAAAUUUGUAUAUUUAUAUAAAUUAUAAAAAAAAAAAAGUGUGACUUAUACAUGUACUGUCUUUCUUGUUUGUAUCAUCUGAUGUAUUUUUAUAUUUUUUCUCUUCAGUAAUUUUCUAUUUUGUAUUUUGGUGCACUGCACUUUCCAUUUUUUUAUUAUGCUGCAAAGAAUGUCUGAAAUAAAUCAAAUUGCUCUAUA